AUUGCUGAGCGAUGCCUUUGCUGGACAGAUCGUUUUCUCACUGAAAAUGAAACUGAACAGAAUGUAGCUGUUGUUUGGAAGAGAAGAUACGGGAUAGACUGAAGUCAACUUCUGAUGUGAUUUUCAAGAUCUGAACAACUUUAGGAUAAUUGCUGGGGUUAGAUGCAUACAAAGGCUACCUGUGCUCUCAGAAAUGAUACCCUAAAUGGAUUUGUUUCAUCUUUCAGCAGAAAAGAAAUAAGUAUUUUGAAGUACAGGAUGAAAGCAGCACCAGAACAUCCUUCCCUGAAAGUUGGAGGAAAAGCGCACUCAUCUGAGAACAAAUUAAAACAAACCAACAAAUGCCCAUCUGAGGUUUUCCUACAUGUGCUCCGUGUAAUAACGAAUUAAUCUCUCCAUUCCACCUGUGGAGCUAUUGCAGCUCCUGGUAUGCGAAGGAGUUGAGGGCGCGCAGUCCCAAACCAGCCCUGUUCUGAAGUCUCUGCUGUAAAUGCUCCCCGGUGCUGCUCCUGGGGAGCCCAUCGCACCUUAGAGGCUGUGCACCUACAGGCAUUGCUCUUCACCAGCUUCCCAGAGAGCUGUGCAGCUGCGGCUGGUGGCUCACUGCUGUGUCAGCUGCCCCGUGAUCCCAGCUGCCCCGUGAUGCCGGCUGCCCUGCUGAGCGAUGACCUGGGUUCACCCACCAUGCCUCAUGUGCUGCAUCCGUCCUACCGAGCACAGAUAGCAGCUUUUCUUGGGGAGUUUGACCAUUACUAUUCCUUGACCAAACUCAUGUCCAUCUACCAAGCAACCAACAGGACUACCUUCAACUGGACAGACAGCCGCAUCGUGGAGUGGGAGAAGUUUGCGGAGCUGGCUAGAUAUGAGCCGGAAUCCCAGAAACCAACCGUGAAGGCUCUCCUGAUCGUGGCGUACUCAGUGAUUAUCAUCAUGUCUCUCUUUGGGAAUGUGCUGGUGUGCCACGUGGUGCUGAAGAACAAGAGGAUGCACUCGGCCACCAGCCUCUUCAUUGUCAACCUGGCAGUGUCUGACAUCAUGAUCACGCUGCUCAACACGCCCUUCACCCUGGUUCGGUUUGUGAACAGCACGUGGAUCUUUGGGAAGGUGAUGUGCCAUGUCAGCCGCUUUGUGCAGUACUGCUCGCUGCACGUCUCCACGCUCACCCUGACAGCCAUCGCCCUGGACAGGCACCAGGUCAUUCUGAACCCGCUCAAGCAAAGGAUGUCUCUGACAAAAGGAGCGCUGAGCAUCGCUGUGAUCUGGCUGCUGGCAGCCUGCUUCUCCCUGCCCCACGCCAUCUACCAGAAGCUCUUCCAGUACAACUACAGGGAAGCCACCGUGCGGAGCCUGUGCCUCCCAGAUUUCCCUGAGCCUGCGGAGCUGGUCUGGAAGUACCUGGACCUGUCCACCUUCCUGCUGCUCUACCUCCUGCCGCUGCUCGUCAUCACCGCCACCUACACGCGCCUGGCCAAGAAGCUGUGGCUGCGCAACGCCAUUGGAGAUGUCACCACGCAGCAGUACAUUGCCCACCGCAGGAACAAGAAGAAGAGCAUCAAGAUGCUGGUGCUGGUUGUGGUGGUGUUCGCUGUCUGCUGGUUUCCGCUCAAUUGCUACGUAGUGCUCAUCUCCAGCCUGGGCAUCAAGACCAAGAACUCACUCUACUUUGCCCUGCACUGGUUUGCCAUGAGCAGCACCUGCUACAACCCCUUCAUUUACUGCUGGCUGAACGAGAGCUUCCGCGCGGAGCUCAGGGCCCUGCUGUGCAUGUGCCAGCGCGCACCUCGGCCCCGGGACACUGCGCAGCCACCCGCAGCCAUGUCCUGCCACGAGGCCUGGGGGGAGCGAGCGGGCUGCAGGAGGGGGCCCUCAUCUCAUAGCAUUUGCUCCACCGUGCUCAUCCCGAUGGCCAACGCUGACCUGUGAGCAGAGGGCAGUGAGGGGCAGCACCCUGUUUCUUCUCAGGAACCCAUCUUGCUGCUCUGGUUUCUUAUUGCUGCUGUUCGCAUCCUGCUUGCUGCUAUUGCUGUGGCACCGCUGCAUUCAGUGCUGGGGAAAUGCUGCCUUUUGAGUACCCACAGUUGAAAAUGGCCCAUGGAGUAUGGUACAUAGGAUACACAGAUGAGGUGGUUGCUCUCAGGGGUCCCAUUAUAUUAAGAGAUUGUGGAGCCUAGCUACCUGCAUUGCCAGCUCUGAGCCAAGCCACCAGACUGUGUCAGAGCCUGGAAUGCUGUAACACUGCAGCACCAAUGGAGCUGCCACAAUGGAUGGAGUCUGGCACAAAUUUGAAGGAAGGAUCUUCACAGCCAGGUGAACCUCAUCCAUAGGGAUUCUUCCACAUAACUUGUACUAGAGCCUCCCAGUAGAGUGCAGGUGUAGCAGAAAUGCUAAGUUACUGCUUGAAGCAGUGAUGGAGCACCUGGUGGGAAGGCAGGGCCAUCCCAGGGGAGCUCAGGUGCAUGCAAUGCCCCAGAUAGCUGGGAUCCACUCCUUCCCAGACCUCAUUUAAGGGUUGGCAGCGGAGGUGAGAGUGUCUUGUUAGAGAUCUCUGCUUACCUGUGGUCUUUCAAAGGAACUGAAGAUCUCAGUCCAAGCAGCAGGUUCCAGCUCAUGCCUUGGUCUCCUGCCAGUCCCCUGCCGUGCACAUGGCUGUCUCUUGCUGUGAAGAGUAACUGAGCCUUUUCCCCUAGAUCUGUAAAUUGUAGCAUGUCUGUAUUGCUGAGCUUACUUUCCCCUAAAUGGGCACGAUGUGGGAGCUGACUGUACUGCAGCUCUGUAAGGACUUUGCUAUCCGGGCUGGUGACUCUCAAUGCCUGAAUGAAAUUCAGAGCCUCGCAGCCCAUUGCCCAGAGGCCUUGUAUCACUUGAGGAUGCUCCAACAUGGCAGCACUCACUCAGCAGCUUGCAAGCAGAGGAUGGGAGGCACUACACAAAGGCUGAACUGACUUGUUUGAGUGAUGGGCACAGUGACUGCAGGGCAGGAGGUUGUGUCUGCCGCGCUGCAGGCACAGGGCUUGUGGCAGCAAAACUUGGAGGGCUCUCCUGGCUGAGGACUGCAACAGACAAUGUAAGAACUGCUGUGGCUAAAAUGGGUCAAGGACAGAGCCAGCCCAGCAGGUAGAUGGAUACUGAUGUGCUGCAGUCAUUGCUUCACCUUCAGACGCUGUGUGCGGGUGGGAACCACCUUACAGAAUCUGCUGUACAGAAACUGCCUGAGCACACGCAGAGCGCAGAGAUCCAGCAGCGAUGUCUGAGUGAUUCAUGGCCUCGUGUUACUCACGUUAGCUCAUGCCAGAUGCAUCCAACUGCCUACAGCAGAGCUGCUGAUGGAGGCGAUAACAGCACAGCGUGGAGGAUACCUGAAUUCCAGAGACAAAUCCCUUACACAGCCCCACUGCAUAAUGAACAAAGAAACCACCAAAUGCCAACCAGAUUAGUAAAACAAGGCAGAAAGAAAUGCACAGUGAGUCAUAAGAUUAGCUCAGGAAGGAGAAGCAGAACAGAGCUAUUAGCAGUUAGCUCUCCAGGUAGAAAACAGCACCCUAGGUCUGUUUGAAGGGGUACAUGGAAAUGUUCUCAGGUGCAGAUCCUGCCCUGGCAGAUGGGAACAUGGCUGGGUCAGUACCAGGACUGUCUGCUUGCACUGCUAUGAAACCAGCAGUUUUGUCCAUCCUCAGGCUGAGGAAGGAGAGGGAGCAGAACCACUCUGCCUUGCAGGGGCAGUUCGGGUGCAAAGUGUGCACCCGGAAGGAACAGCUGGGAAAUGGUGAACAGAACUCAGCUGGGUGCAGCAGGGAUGGCUCCCUGCUCCUGCAGGGCACGGCUCUGCCCUCUCACUGACCAAAAGCAAUGCCCGUCUUCCUCCAGCUACUGCCUCCUGCACUGCUGUGGGGAGAGCAAUGCCUCUGAUCUGCCUGGCUUUGGGUGAGGCCUGGGCAGGAGUACCAGAGGGAUGAGGGCUGGGUUUUAUGCCAAGUGUAACACUGCAGCCAGCUCUGGGUUUGACUCACGGUUUUGCAGAGCCCCAAGAGCACUCGGCAGUAACCCCAGAUCCAUGUAUGUUCCUGUGCUGCUCUGAGGCCCGUUUCCCAGUGCUCCCGAGACCCUCGCUGUUCCCUGCCAGCCCUGCAGCUCGGUGCACGCAGCUGUGCCAGAGCCUGUUCUGUUCCAUCUCCUGGCAGAGCUGACAGAUGGGGCAGGCGGGAGCAGCUCCUGACCACUGCAGUGUGUGGGAGUCUGCAGGCAGCAUGGAGAGACUCCUUGGGGCUGUGGAGAUCUCCCUACAGGCCAAGCAGCUGCACUUGGUGUCCCACCACCCCACUCCCUGGCAGUGAUUUCUCCUUUGCUGCCAGCAGUUGGGGUUAGGAUAGCACUUUGGCCCAUAUAAUGCAGCCAGGAGCCUGCAGUGCCACGCUGCCCGCAGUGAGCUGUGAAGAGUGGCUGUCACCCACCAGAGUGACUGGGAGAAGUGGAAAAGUAAAAACUCCACAGGCUGAGUCCUGCAGGAACUGAGGGCCUGGUCCUACCGUGCAGUUGUCUGCCACUUGAAGACUUCUUUUGUUCCUGUGGCAGCUCGCAUAAAAAAAUCUCCUUGGUGGAGAAGAACAGACAAAUUGACUUAUAAAAUUGGAUUGAUGGAUCUUCUAAUUUGUCUGCUGGAGAGAGAAACCAUUGCAGGGUGCAUCCACGUUAACAGAAUUCCUGCUUGUUGACGUGCAGUUAGUAUUGCUUUAGUGUCUGUGAGUUUGUACCUUCUCCACGCCUCUCUCUGACUUACUGCAGCUGUCCUUGUGCACACAGCAGCCCGCGCUGUGUCCACCUGCCCUCGGGCGCUCUCAGAGGGAGGAUUUCACUCAGGCAGGAGCUCAGCUGGGUGCUUGGAGCUGAAAGCAGCUGCAGUGAUUUUCAAGACAUGAUUGUGGGCAGCUCUGUGCUGUAUUCCUCAGCUACAUCUGCGAAAUUCUGUGGCUUUUGUUUUUAACUGGUUGGAAAGAGAGGUGCAGAGGUACAGCCAGCUGCUGCUGCUCUGCCCUGCCUUGGGGGCUGCACAGCACAUCUAUCAGCGUGUCUAUGUGCAGAUUUCUGUUGCAGGCUGUAGAUUAUUCCUCUUCUUAAGCUUGAGGGUUAAUUUUAGCAAACCUAGAGCUGGAGUCAAUUUGAAAAUAAGGUUGCCUUGUGUUAUGUUAAAAAGCGUAGUGUUGAAUGGCAUUAAAUUGUCUUUUACAUAGUGAAAUGCAAUACUCUACUGUCUUUCACAGCUUGCAAGGCAUAAUGUGGAAAUAUUAUGUUCAUCCUUUGGUUGAAUGGUGAUGGCUAACAUUGCUGAUAAGGACCAUGAAUGCUAAUUGGUUAUUCAGACAUCUCAGCUAUAGGUGGAGUGGGUUGCUAAUGAACACUGAGCCUGCUUGGGCCCCAGCAGCCAGACCCCUCAGACACUGUCGCGUUCCCCCUCCCAGCAUCUCUGAGACGAGCAGUGGUCACUGCACACCUGCUGCCUGCGCGCAGUAUUUCCAGCAGGGAGCUGGAGGACUGUACCUUCAAAUAGAGUAUUUCAAAUAAACCCUUUGCUCUCUACAUUGCUGGUUAACUUUUAGGGAUUCAUUUCUAAUUUGAGGGCAGUUUAUUUAAUUAUGAUGUGAUUCACAGUGCGGAUGGAGAAAUGGACAAAGGAAAAAAAAGGGAAGAAGAGACUCUGAGCGUCGGUGACAAGUGCAGUUGUUGCAGCCCUUCCAGCAGCAAUUGGUGUGCUCACUGCCACAGCCUGUCCACGUCCCCCAGUCAACUUCUACCUCCUGGCAACAGUCAAUAAUUCGAUAUUAUGCUGUAAAAUGUGUGUUUUCACUCACAUACAGUUGCCCUUGUGUUCUGCAGGGAAGAAGUAAGGUGAGAACCACACAAGUGGAAGAAAAUUGGAAAAUAUAAAAUGGAAAAAUGAGCAAAUGAACAAUAAAAAGUCAUCUGUGCAGAAGGAGAGAAAGGAAAGCACCUUGGGCCUGGAAAUUCAGCUCUCUCUAAUGGAUUUAAGUCUUCAUUUUCAGCAACCAAAAUGUAACUGACCGUUCUCUCAACUCCUCUGUGGAGAUGGGAAGGGCUGGCAGACAUCACCAUGGCCCUGACCUUCAAAAACACAAACUGAGAUUCGAUGACCGGCUUUCUGCUCAGCUUUUCUCUUACAAGUGCCUCCCUCCUCCACCAUUGUGCCCCCAUGCUGGGGGACAAACCUGGGCUGUGGCUGCCUUGUUGGGUGCUGCAGCGUUACCUGCUGCAAAGCAGGUGCUGAAGCCACAGCCACCUCCAGGAACCAUGGUGUGGGGGGCACUCCCAGCCCAGCUUAAUUCUCAGGGGUGGCACUGCUGGUGCUGAGCCUGGAACCGGAGCCCACAGCAGCGGAGGGCAUUGGACAAUGGGGAAUCCAUCAGAUGUGGCGAUGGCAGAAGCAGAGGGGCUUGGGAAGUGCACUCUGAUCAUUUAUGAGCAGUUCUUGUAACUGUCACAUAAUUGCAUGUAAUCAGGCAUCAUUGUGUGCUAAUGAGCAGCUGUGCCACGUUAAACCCUGGCAGAGCUCCUGCUCUGUGCACUGUGGGUGGCUUUGCUGCCUCUCUGGGCACUCCCAAUGGCUUUGGCAUGCCCCAGGUCGCUCCUUGCCUGCUUCUGCCACAUGGCACAUGCUCCAGCAAGGCAGUUGCAGGCUGUCCUCCUCCCUGUGCCCGUGUUCAUUCCCGAUGCCUCCUGCACUGCUUUGCUGGUGCAGAUGCAGUCAGCGAGGCACGCUAGACUGCACGUGGCUGUUCCUUAUGCCACGAGCAAGCUAUAUUCGUACAAGAACCUAUAAAGCAUGAGAGAGUUUGGGCAAGUAUAAUAGCUUUAAUUAAAACAGAAACCCAUAUCCUUCAUUCUAAUAAUUAUUUUAAAGAGCAGACCAAGUGCAGGGGCAUGAACAGACUUAACGAGGGCUGUAAUUACGGAGCUGGAAGAACAACUGCUCCUCGGCGAAGCUGCGGAGGGCGGCUCUUU